AUGGGCAAUUACCUGGGCAAGCUGGGACCCCAGCGGUCAUCCCCAGCCCAGGCACGCGCCGACCUGUCUGUGAGACCUGUGAACUGCAGGUCCGCUCAGCACCUCCACCAAGUCCACCGAGUACAGCAGGUCCACCGCAUCCAGCUCAUCUCCCGCGCCCAGCACGUCCCGAGGCACAGACCUUCGAGGAGGCAACCAAAUUGGGGGCCAAACAAUUCUAGCUCGUGGAAGCUCAACGAGGCUUGGAGGCGCUUUCCCAUGAAGUGGUCCCAGAAUUCCAUCAUGGGGCCGCUACCCUCAGACUGGUGGGAAAGUUAUUCAAAGAGGAAUAUUUGGUCUCUUCGGCAUCCCAGGUUAAUUCGGAGCCCUGUGACAAUCAAGAUCGCUCCUCCUGAACGGAGAACAUCCCCUUCCACUUCCCCAGAGCAGGCAAUCGACUUGGCAGGGCUACAACCCUUAGAGGAACUCCCAGAUCCCUGUGUAAAGGAGAGAGUGCUGAGGGCUCUCAGAGAGAGCAAGAAAGGGAGAACGCGGUUCGAAAAACCAAUACUCUCUGAGAUCCCGUGUAGUAAAAGAAGCCCCAAACCCAGAUUAUCUGCCUUUAAGCCCCUGAUGAAAAAUGGAGUCUUCCCUUCCUUUGUGCCCAGACCUGGGCCUCUGAUUAAAAUCCAAGAAUGGAGUCCAGAUCACAACUUGCCUAAGAAACCCAAUUGCUCCUUCCUAAACCCUCUUAGCAGCGCGCACACAGUUGGGCCCCUCCACUCUAAAAGAAAUGCCAUUACAAGCUCUUACAGCUCUUCUGGAGAGUUUCCAGAACCAUGGAAGACAAAGUGUCUCAGUGCAUUAUUCCAGACACCAGAGUGGCCAGUAAAAAAGAAAGAAAAGGGUCAUCAGUCUAAUCUGCCACCCCCACUGGUAUCAGACAAGGAAACUCCAGCAGCAUCUCGCAGUUCUGGGCAGCAAAAUCAGAAGAUUCCUCUGCUUCUGUCUAUCUCUGAGAACCUGCUGUUUGGGGCUCUACCUCUCCAACCUGGUUGCUCAGUCCUCACUGAGAAAGCUGGACAUCAAUGGAGCAACAAGUCCAAAGAGAAUAAGACACAGACCACCGUGGACUCCACUGAGACUUGGCCUGAUAGCCAGCCUUCUUUGUCUCUCACCCUGCCUUCUGCAGGGACAGCUCCAACCCUAGACACAAAUCCUCAGCUGGAAAGCUUAUAGAAAAUGCAAAAGUCUCCAGGUCCAUUGACCUUUCCACAAUCUACCAGAGAAGCAGCAAGUGUGGCUCACUUGCCUCUGAAGACUCCCAUCCUGCUGGCCCCAAUUAUGUCCUCACAGUCAUCUCCUCAGACUCAAACACUCCAGCAGAUUUUCCUUUUGAUCCACCAGAAUGGGGCUUCUAGCUCAAUGCUUGGCAUCACAGUCCCAUGCCCUUUUGCCUUUGGGGGAUUAGUAACUCUUAUGGACUAUGGGGAGUCUGGGAUCAGCAUGGCUGCCCCAGAUAUAAGUUCCACCUCUGGAGCAUUUAGCAUUGGAGCAGUGUCAAGUGGGACCACCAGCAGUAGCACCCUCUUUGGAAAAGACUGGAACCAGAACAUCCAAGGCCUGCCCAGUCACAGAACACCUUUUGCUUUAGGAAGGACCAGCACUUCUAUAACAAAGACGAUGUUUGGAGGACCCACCAUGGCCUCCUUUGCUCAGAGUACUCCUGUCCCUGGAUGAGUUAAGGCAGGAAGCAAUCUUGGUUUUAGGGUGUCCUUUCUACCUUCCCAGGGAUCUGUUGGUAGAGGACUUUUUAGAUCACCAGCCCCUUCCUUUUCCACUGGCACAAAAUCAAAAAACCCCAAGAAUCUGGAACAAGGGAAUUCCUGAAGACAACAUGCCCACAAGAAAUAG